UCUGGCUUAAGAAAAUGGCCACUGGAAGUGGAGAUGGACCUGGGCUGUAUUUAGGUGGUGAUUUCAGCAGCACAAACUUUCUGAUAACAUCAGGAUGCCACUCAGAUUAAGCUUUAAACUGCACAGAGGUGGAACCUCUAAACAGAAGGAAACUGCAUUUUCCAGCACUCUUUGUUUAAAAAACAGGUCAUGCUAGACCCAAAAGAAUAAGAUUGCAAACAGCAUGCGAGCUGUGGAAGGCUCAGAAUGGAAAAUAUUCUGAAGCUAUGAUUACCCAUCAUAAAAGAUGAACAGGCUAUGACCAAAGGAAAUUCUAGAAUCAUGGCUGAAGAGAAUGGAACUCUUUAUAAUAUAAACUCAUCCCAGGCUCCAGAAUUAGUUUCUUAUCACUUUAUUUGGAAUCCUGUCUUGAUCACAACAUACACAGUAGUGUUUAUUGGUGGCAUGUGUGGAGCCAUCAGAAUGUCGUUUUUGCUAGUGACAAUGAAUACAUUAUCCGUGACCACAACAGCAAUUAUAAACUUGGUGGUGAUCCACAGUCUCUUUCUUGUGACUGUGCCAUUUCGCCUGUAUUACUAUAUCACGGAUGACUGGAUCUUUGAGCCAUUCUUUUGUAAAGUUGUGAGCAUAAUGGUACAUUUGCACAUGUACCUCACCUUUCUAUUCUAUGUAAUUGUGUUAUUAAUCAGGGGUCUUAUUUUCUUUCAGUGGAAGGAUAAGGUGGAAUUCUACAGAAAUUUGCAUGCUGUUGCUAUGAGCACAGCUGUAUGGAUUUUGGCUUUUGCUACCAUUGUGCCGGUAAUGUCUCUUUGGUAUGGGCAAAUGGGGGACUAUGACGGAAACAGAUGUUUUACUUUUCACCAGGAGUUCAAGGCUGAAGCAGUGAAAGUUGUGAACUAUACUUUAAUUGGCAUAAUGGUUAUUAUAACAUGUGCCCUUUUGGGCUUGCAAGUUUUCAUGCUUCUAAAGGUGGUAAAGAAGGUGUCAGGAUCCAUAUGGCCACAUCAAGAGUUUCGGGCCCAACUGAAAAGCUCUUUUUUUAUUUUAGUCAUCAUUUUUUGCUUCCUCCCUCAUCACUUCUUUCGGAUUUAUUAUAUUCAGCAUGUGAAUGAGAAACAGUAUUCUCACUUGGCUUUAUACAAUGAAGUCUGCUUGAGCAUAACAGCAAUAAGUUGCCUUGAUUUGUUUUCUUUUGUGAUCGGUGGAAGGAAAAUCUUGAGGCAAAAAAUCUUUGCACUGUCCUGUUGUUAAGGCUUUGUGUGUGUUAAGAAAAUCUGUCAUAGCCCAACAAGGUCAACUAGACAGAGAAAAGGUAUAUGACUUAAAGUUUUUCAGAACAAAAAUCUAGGCAAUGUAAAUAUUAUUUUGUGUCUGUUUAUGCAUGCACAUCUAUUUGGAUAUACAGCUAUCCCCUGAUAGAAACAGCAGAGAACUUCAACGUGUGCCUAACUACGGCCCUGGGAUUUGGGGUGGAAAACUAUGAUCUCUCAAAAUGUUAGACUGAAAAUCCCAUCAUCCUAUAUAAUAAAUCCUGCUAGUUGGGUUCCUAUGAUUUGCCCUCCAGUGACAUCUGGAGGGCCAGUAACUCCCAAAUUUGACUGGCUUGGUGCAUAGCAAUUCCAACAACUGCCUCAUAUUUACAUACUACUGUAUUUAAGGGGGAAAUGUACAAGAAAAGAAAUCUGUCUAUAAUAAAGGGUCAGU